AUGGUGUCCUUUUCGAGCUCUGUGAUCAAUAAGUCAGGGAAGAAGUUUGCGCCCAAGCCCCCCGCCCGUCGUAUUGGUGCUAUUUCAGCUGGUACCCUGUCUGCUAGAGCCAGUGUAGAGAGACAGACGACCUCAAAAACUCCUCAAUCUACUCAAUCCGCCAUAUCGCCUGAAAGCUCUGCUCCAGUUCCGACUGCUGACCCCGCCAAAAGUACCCCGCAGCGCGCCGAAGAGUCAUCUCAAUCACCAUUACCACCAUCAACACCACCACCGCUACGAAAGUCACCAACACGCACGCAAUCGCAGCCACCGCCCCGGCCAUCCACCAGUCAAUCCAAAACCAAAUCUACAGCCAUCCCAAUACCUACUCCAAGACGGAGGCCAUCGAUUCCUUCUCCUCAAGGGUCUGCAUCCCCCCACACCGUCACCCCCGUUUUAGCGUCCACACCGAACGCGCUCCCGUUAGAAACAACUUCACUUGAACCAGCAAAACCACAGCAUGAUAAACACAAAACCCCUCAAACACCUCAAAAUGUUGCAUCGAGCCCCAAACGGCAACGCAUCGAGCAGCCUGUUGACAGCCAACCAGCAAAACGCACCAAGACCGUGCAGCCUAUUACAAAAUUUACAUCUACCUUGCAAGGGGAAAACCCACAUCCGAGGUCUAGCUCUCAGGGGCCACAUUCUCAACCUGAAGUGACACCCACAACAAAGACUGUUGCUAGGAGAGUCGCCAAACCGCCCGCGCAUCGGAAGCAAUCAGCUGAACAGAUAGCAGAGAAUGCCAUCGCCGCUGCAGCAGAAACAAGACCCCGCUCUCGAAGGAGACGGCAGCCAACACCGGAGAAUGCAGAAUCCAUAGAGAUUGCUCCCACCGUCGUGAAAAUGUCAGAUCUCUGCCGAGAUCUCCGUACCGGGAAAAAAUCAAAGCGAGAGAUGGAACUGCAAAGCAUGGAUCUAACGGAACUUGCAAAGAAACAAAAGGAGCGCGAGGAGCGGAUCAGAAAUGGAAAUAACCCCCCGAAAGCUGGCUCAACUGAACGACACACGAGCGGAGAUGAACCCGGUCGAGACGAAGCAGGAGAUCUUGGCGGUCCGAAGAUGAGAAUUGUAAAUGGGGAGAUCGUCAUCGACGCUUCCUCCCUCCAAAUAGACCGCCAUGCAAACGCAGCCAGAAACGAAGGUGACUUGGAAGAGGUCGAAGAAAACCGGCUGACAAAACGCAUAAACGCGGCCUCUUUCGGCAAACGCACCAAAGUCGAGUCUUGGGACAAAGACAUGACCGACCUUUUCUACCGCGGUCUGCGCAUGUUCGGCACGGAUUUCAUGAUGAUUAGCAAGAUGUUCCCUGGCCGUUCACGACGACAGAUUAAGCUGAAAUUCUCAAACGAGGAGCGUCGAUAUCCGCAACGAAUCAAAGAAACCCUCCUCGGACCUCGUGAAGCUAUCGAUUUGGCCACGUACUCAGAGAUGACGAAUACGACAUAUGAUGACCCGCGUGUCAUUGAGCAGGAACUGUAUGAAGAGAAGAAAAGGAUCGAAGCAGAACAUGCGAAAGAGAAGGAGGCGAAGGAGGAACUUUUGCGCAAUCCGGGUGGGGUGCUAUCGUCGUCUGUAGCAACGGCAGCUGGGCUGUCGGGUUCAAAUGUGUUGCCGAGCAUUGAGGGUGAGGGUGAGGGUGCGGGUGGGGUUGGCAAUGGGGGAAGAAGGGAGAGGAAAAAGGGAACGACGGGUGUUCACAAGUUCGGUGGGGGAACGGAGGAGAUUUUGGGAACAAUUGAUGAUAUGCCUGUAUCUGCGUAA